AUGGCAGAAAACGCGCCGCCUGCGUCCUCGGGCAACCUCCCACCGCCUCCUCAGUCUUCUGCUGGCGCGCCAGGACAGGCCCAAUUCGACUCCGCCCAAAACAACGGCCAAGCUGGUCCUCACAUGCCUCAACCUCCUCCUUCACUACCGUCCGUUGUCAUUCCCCCAAACACAAAUCCCAUUCCAACUGCAAUCACCUCUCCAAUGUCGGGCAACAUGAUGUCGCCGACCAGCGCUGGUGGUUAUGUGCGUCGCGCUGCUCCUGAGCCAAACAAGAGAGCUCUUUAUGUCGGUGGCUUGGAUGGUCGAGUCACCGAGGACAUUCUGAAGCAGAUCUUUGAAACAACUGGCCAUGUGCAGAGUGUCAAAAUCAUCCCAGACAAGAAUUUCCAAAGCAAGGGACUCAACUAUGGAUUUGUCGAGUACGAUGACCCCGGUGCAGCUGAGAGAGCUAUGCAGACCUUGAAUGGCCGCCGCAUCCAUCAGUCGGAAAUUCGCGUCAACUGGGCCUAUCAAGCCAACAGCAACCAGAAGGAAGACACCUCCAACCACUUCCAUAUUUUUGUUGGUGACUUGAGCAACGAAGUCAACGACGAAGUCCUUUCCCAGGCCUUUUCCGCUUUUGGUUCAGUCUCGGAGGCGCGUGUGAUGUGGGACAUGAAAACCGGCCGCUCUCGAGGAUAUGGUUUUGUUGCUUUCCGCGAUUUCGACGAGGCCGAGAAAGCUCUCAAGUCUAUGGAUCGCGAAUGGUUGGGCUCUCGCGCUAUCCGUUGCAACUGGGCAAACCAAAAGGGACAGCCCUCGAUCUCACAGCAGCAGGCGAUGGCAGCCAUGGGCAUGAACCCUCCCACCCCGUUCGGCCAUCACCACUUCCCGACCCAUGGAAUCCAGAGCUAUGAUAUGGUUGCCGGCCAGACCCCUCAGUGGCAGACCACUUGCUACGUCGGUAACUUGACCCCUUACACGACCCAGAACGACCUCGUCCCCUUGUUCCAGAACUUUGGCUAUGUGGUCGAGACCCGCUUGCAAGCCGAUCGUGGUUUCGCCUUCCUCAAGAUGGACACCCACGAGAAUGCGGCCUUGGCUAUUUGCCAGCUCAACGGCUACCAAGUCAACGGCCGCCCUCUCAAGUGCAGCUGGGGUAAGGACCGUCCUCCCACCGGCCAGUUUGAUGGUUUCCAAGCCCAGCAAAACACUGGCGGACCCGGAUUCAAUGCUACUCCGUACUUUCCCCAGUAUGGCGGCCCAAUGAGCCCUCAAGGUCCCGCUCCCGCCGGCCGUGGCUGGGACCAGCAGGGUAACAACUUUGCUGGGGGCGCCGUGCCCGGACAAGGCUUCCAGGGGGGUCCAGCACCCGCCGCCGGCUACGGCCGCGGCCAGAACACCUCGGGCGGCAACUGGCAGCAACAACAACAGCAGCAGCAGCAGCCUCAACAGCCUCAGCCGGGCAAUGCUAACUUUGGCAACGGCUUUGGUCAGGGCGGCUACCAGGCCUGA